AUGAAUAUAAAAGUUGCUGUCAGGGUACGUCCUUUUAACACUAGAGAAAAGGACUUAGGCGCUCAGCUUUGUAUCAAAAUGGAUGGUCGAGCCACUAUAAUUACUGACCCAAAAACUGGCAAUACUAGAAAAUAUUGAUUUGAUUAUUUAUUUUGAUCUCACGAUGGCUUCGCAGAAAGAGAAGAUGGCUACCUGCUCAGAGCUGACGAUCAAUAUGCAGACCAGGAAAUAGUGUACCAUAAGCUUGGAGAACAAGUUUUAAACAACGCUUGGGAAGGUUACAAUUGUUGCCUUUUUGCAUAUGGACAAACUGGCUCAGGAAAAUCCUAUUCGAUGGUAGGAUAUGGAGCUAAUAAAGGCAUUAUCCCAUUGUGUUCAGAAGAAAUCUUUAUCAGAAUUAAUAAAAAUCCGAACCCGAAUUUAAUGUUUGAAGUUAUGGUGAGUAUCCUUGAAAUUUACAAUGAAAAAGUACAGGAUUUGUUAAUCCCUAUAAACCAAAGACCGCAAGGAGGCCUUAAAAUCAGAGAAAGCAAAGUUAUGGGGUUUUUGUCGAAAAUUUAUCAAAACACCCUGUCAGCUCAUAUGCGGAAAUUGAAAAAUUGAUUGAAAAAGGAAACACAAAUAGGUCAAUUGGGUCAACACAGAUGAAUGCUACAAGCAGCCGAGCUCAUACAAUUUUUACUAUAG